CAAACUCAAACGUCUAAAAACUUUAAAACAACGCGAACGCAACACACGGACGCCUAACAACAAACAAACUGAUAGUGGCACGCGUGUUGUUGCAAAUUUCACGCUUAUUUUUCUGCCGAAAUGAAGAUUGAAGAAGUCAAGAGUACUGCAAAGGUGCAGAGAAUUUCAGCCCAUUCUCAUGUCAAAGCCCUCGGACUGGAUGAGUCGGGCGGCGCCCUGCGAACGGGCAGCGGCUUUGUCGGACAGGAGGCUGCCCGAGAGGCGGCCGGCAUCGUCGUCGAAAUGAUCAGAUUCAAGAAACUGGCCGGACGCGCCGUCCUGCUUGCAGGACCUCCAGGCACUGGCAAGACUGCCAUCGCCGUCGCCAUGGCAGCCGAGUUGGGAUCUAAAGUUCCGUUCUGUCCAAUGGUUGGCAGCGAGGUAUACAGCUCCGAGGUGAAAAAGACGGAAGUGCUAAUGGAAAAUUUCAGACGAGCCAUUGGCCUGCGAAUUAAGGAAACUAAAGAAGUUUACGAGGGAGAAGUCACAGAACUCACUCCUGUUGAAACGGAUGCUCCUUCUGCUGGUUAUGGAAAGAGCAUAAGCCAUGUCAUAAUUGGUUUAAAAACUGUCAAGGGAUCCAAGCAAUUGAAACUUGACCCUUCAAUCUAUGAAGGACUGCAGAAGGAGAAAGUUGAGGUUGGAGACGUUAUUUACAUAGAAGCCAACUCAGGAUCUGUUAAAAGACAAGGAAGGUCCGACUCCUAUGCAACUGAAUUUGACUUAGAGGCAGAAGAAUAUGUGCCUCUUCCUAAGGGAGACGUGCACAAAAAGAGAGAAGUUGUCAACGACGUCACCCUCCACGACCUCGACACAGCCAACGCAAGGCCACAGGGUGGUCAGGACAUUUUGUCCCUCAUGGGUCAGCUAAUGAAGCCCAAGAAACUGGAGAUCACAGAUAAAUUGAGGAUUGAAAUCAAUACGGUGGUUAAUAAAUAUAUUGAGCAAGGCAUAGCCGAGUUGAUUCCUGGUGUUCUUUUCAUCGACGAAGUGCACAUGCUAGACAUCGAGUGUUUCACUUACCUCCACAGAGCUUUAGAAAGCGUCAUUGCUCCCAUCGUUGUUUUUGCUACUAAUAGGGGACGCUGUCUUGUUAGAGGUACUGAAGACAUCUUUGCUCCUCAUGGCAUUCCAUUGGAUUUGCUUGACCGAUUGCUGGUUAUCAGGACCCUUCCGUACUCGAGACCAGAGAUGGAACAGAUCAUUGCCUUGCGCGCCAACACAGAGAACCUGGCGCUGGACGAGGACGCUCUGAAAGCUCUUUCAGAAAUUGGCACCAGGGCCACCCUCAGGUACGCAGUUCAACUGUUGACGCCUGCUGCUCUGGUGGCAAAAGUUGGCGGCCACUCUGCCAUUACCAAAGACGAUGUCGCUGAAGUCAACGGUCUCUUCUUGGACGCUAAAUCCUCGGGGAAAAUCCUCAGCCAGCAGCAUGACAAAUUUUUGACAUAGACAUAACCUACAAUAUUUGCUGAAAUAAAAUGUACUUCAAAUUUCUUUUGACUCUUUUGCAACCGCUGAAUUGAAAAGAAUAAUGUAUCGGAAGACGAAAUAAAAAUAAGAUUAUUGUCUAAGUUGAAAUUAUCAAAAACAAAUUUUUCUGAAAGCAUUAAAUAAAGGCAAAUAUAUUUAUC